GCGAACCCCUCAACAUGGCUGCCUCCACGUCCGCGCAGGCCCCGGCAGGAGACUGCUACUACCCGCGAAAGCUGGGGCCCAAACCCGACGUGGUGCCCACCGAGGUGACGGAGAGGAAGAUCUCCGCCUAUGCCACCUACAGACCCGACAUGGUGUCCGUGGACGUGGCGCGCAUGAACUCGACAGAACCUGUUCAUAAGACACUACACCUAGGAAAUCAAUAUGUGUCUGGAACAAUUCACCCUUUCCGGAAGUCACAGCGGUCUUUGCUCAGCAGAUUAAUACAGGAAUCAACACUGGUGGCUUCAGACAGACGGUCAAGAAAGAUCUUUGUGUUUGGAGUCCUCAAUGUUGUUUGCACAGCCCUGCUCAUCACGUGGUGCAGCUCUACAAAUAGCAUGGCCUUAACAGCAUAUACCUACCUCACCAUAUUCGAUCUGUUUAGUUUGCUGACCUGCUUAAUAAGCCUAUGGAUCACAUUGAAGAGACCCACAGCCACGUACUCAUUUGGGUACGACCGCUUUGAGGUGCUGGCCGUCUUUGCAUCUACGGUGCUGGCCCAGCUGGGAGCACUCUUCAUUCUCAAGGAGAGUUUGGAGCGCUUGCUUGAGCCCCCUGAGGUUCACACGGGAAGACUUCUCCUGGGGACCCUGGUCGCCUUGUUCUUCCACCUCCUCACCAUGCUGGUGGUCCCCAACAAGCCCUUCACACACGUCUCUGCGGCUGCGUCGACAAGUUGGCUGCAAGAGCAUGUGGCUGACCUCAGUAGGAGCUUGUGCGGCGUGGUGCCUGGCCUCAGCAGCUUCCUGCUCCCACGCAUGAACCCAUUUGUACUUAUCGACCUGGCGGGUUCCCUGGCCCUCUCCAUCACCUACAUGCUCAUCGAAAUCAAUAACUAUUAUGCCGUGGACACCAUGUCUGCCGUGGUCAUCGCGAUGAUGACAUUUGGUACCAUGUACCCCAUGAGCCUCUACAGUGGGAAGGUGCUCCUCCAGACAACACCGUCCCACGUCAUUGGACAGUUGGACAAACUUCUGCGGGAGGCUUCGACCCUUGAUGGAGUGCUGGAGUUCCGCAACGAGCACUUCUGGACGGUAUCAUUUGGCUCCCUGGCUGGAUCAAUGCACGUGCGUGUGCGACGCGAUGCCAAUGAACAGCUGGUGCUGGCCCACGUGACCAGCCGGCUCUCCACUCUCGUCUCACAUCUUACCGUACAGAUUUUCAAAGACGACUGGAGCAGGGCAAGUGUGUCCACAACCUCUCUGGCCCCAAGCGUCCUGCACAACGUCGUGCCGCCCCUGACCCAUACCCCUCACCAGCCUCAUGGCCACCACCAUCACGGCUCCCACAACCCCCUCACCUCCACCCCGUCCAAGUCCACCAGCCCGGCGCCAGAGUUCUCCUUCGGCACACCCGGGCGCAGCGUGCAGCCCAUCGUGCCGCCCCCAGCCGUCACGCGUCCCGGCACUCGGACCUACGCCCCACCCGCUGCACACUACCCAGACUCCGCAGGCCUCUACAGGGCCUUCGGGAACUCCUCCAGGCCGUUUGGCCCAAUGCUUGGCACCACCGGCUUGCCUUUAGGGGGCAGGUACCCAGCCAACUCUGUACUCCAUGGGCAAUCAUCUUCUAAUGUACCAUCGAGUUCAUAGCAGUGAGAAAACUAAUGGACAUUUUUCGAUUUAAAGCUUUCGUGACUGCAGGGAUUCAUCUUCUUGGUUCUUUCGGUAAAGUAAAAUUUAUAAAAGUAAAUUAAUAAAAGUAAAAUAAAAAUAAAAUAAAAAUCACAACCGUCACAGCACGAUAGCUGUGACGGUUCCACCUGAAGACGGAAGCUUGUGUUGCCUCCGAAACGUGAUUUUUAUUUUAUUUUUAUUUUACUUUUAUUAAUUUUAUUCUUUUACCUAUGUGACUUCACCAAAAAAACCUAAGAAUAUGAAUCCUUGCAGUCACGAAAGCUUCAAAUCUAGAAUUAAUGGACAUUGCUAUGUCCGAGCAGCUCAGCAGUUUUACUAUUUUCUGUUUCGUUUGUCCUUUUAUUUUACGUGGCCACAAUCGUGUUGCAGCUUUAAACACAUCUAAGACGAUCUGAAUCUUAAUGGGCUUUGCUGUGUCUAUACCCCGGGUCUUAACGAGCUGGCUGUUAUUACCGGUCUAACAGCACUGUAGGUAUGUUAGCGACAGCUGAACACUCAAUUUAUUCUUCUUUAGUUAAUUAUCUCUGAGCCCUUGAAGUUUCUAUUAAAUAUUUUUUUGUGAGGAAGACCUGGGUGCCUACUGGAAUCAAACCGUUAACGUCAUGCAGACUGGCUCAGGUGUUCUACAUUGACCGCUUAGCUUUCCAGCCACCUUAUAUCACACAGUUAUAAACAGUAAAACCUAUUUAAAGCUCUCAUAAUUUAAGCAUGUGAUUAUGCCUUAAUAAUAAAAAUUUAAUUUUUGGGAUUUAUUCAAUUGCUAAGUAUAAUAUAUAUUUUUUUAAUGUCCAAACAUAAUAUUAACAGCCCUUUACCAACCCACGGCUGGAUGAAGAUCUCCAUUGUCCUAUUAAUCAGGGGGUUGUUUGACCAUGUCUCACCAAGCUGGUCAGUGCAGGUUGGUUGAAUGGAUUUUGAGGGAUGAUUUAGGAUUGAUUCAGAUAAGACUCGCCAAUGUUAACCAUGGCCGGGAAUCGAACUUGGAUAGCCUGGUUCAAGAAGCCAUUCGCGAAUCUCUCCACCACCGUUCCCACCCCAGCUCCAUAAAACACUAUUUGUAAUUUAUUUUCCUUAUCGUUAAGUCGAGUUUCCAGGAUAGCAGUAUUUUCCAAACUUUCAUGUCAGAAAUUUAAAAUGUAACAAUUAUACAAUACCAUUGGGAAUUGGUGUAUAAAUGCAACCCACACCUUUAACUUCUAAAAUUGCCUAUCUUGCAUGUGACUUGGAAAAAUAAACGGCCACUAUUAUCUGUGCAAUUAAAAAUACAUUUUUAGUUUAUUCAGGUGACAUGCUAGAAUUCAAUACAUUUAUGGCUGAUGUCGCAUAUAUCAGAGCACAGGUUGACGUCUGUACUUAUGGGUCCCAGGUCUGAGGAAUUAAGUAAUUGUGGGUUUGUGGCAUAGAUGGGCCACAUAACCUGUGUGGACAAGUGAAUUUUCACACAAGAGUUCUCUUUUGUAAUCUGACACUAAGCUGCGAGAGACCCACGGUUUUUCAAUAUUGAUAUAGGCACAGUAAAGAAGAUGUAUAUUCAGUGUUAUUGUACACAGAUAACAGAGUGAAGUGUCUCAACAACCCACAGCAAUGCAAUAUACGUUGUGUGUUAGUUGUGUAUAUUUUGGUCCUGUAUAAAGUGCCUCUGUUUGGUGAACUUGGGGCGUUGUUCUACAAUGAUGUUCCUUAGGCCAGUGGCGGAUGUUCCCCAUUCCUAUGGUGGGAUGACCAUGAACGAUUUGUUACAAAGUGGUACUUCAUUUGUCCACCCUGGCCAUAACAUUUGCUCAGUCACAAUUGAAAACUUGGAUUUGAACUCUCAACAGUUUUAUGGCGAGUUGAGUACUUUCACAAUGACACAGAGUCAGUGUGUUGUAAUAGCGAACAAGAAAUAUAUUUUAUAAAGUGUUUGGUCUCCCACUUGGCUAUCUCAGUAUUUUAUCAAAUAUGGUGUUAGACUGUAUUGCCCACUGAACAUUUAAUCCGGAUGUAAGUUACGAUUAAAACUUGUGCUGUAAAAAAAAUCCCAAUUUAAACAAGCCACAAAAGUGGCCUGAAAAAUGGCCUUUUUUAUGUUGAAUUAAAAUUUAAGCCACAUUCUAAAUGGUACGUUGUGUUAUGUUGCUAAGACUUGGGGCCCAAUGCAUUUUUGAAAUUUUUAAAUGCAUUAAAAUGAUCACAUUUAAGGGGGAUUUGUUUGCAGACCAAGCAGAUUAUUCACCACAUUGUGACCGCUCAUGAGAAUUCAUUUGGUGUAAAUAAUAUUGCUUAUCUUCUCGUGCUAUAACAGUAAAUGGAUCCCUGUUGCCUAUGUCUAUAGCCCAUGUAUUUAAAUAACCAAUGUUUGUAUAAAAAAAAAUUACAUCACUGCAGUAACUUUAGCAAGAUGGUAGUUUUGGUAAUUGUGGAGUGUAAUGAGCAUUGCGGAAAAUUCUGCUUAAUUGUACAUUUAAAAAAUAUAUCCUUGUGCUUUAUUUGCCAUGAAGUGGUUGCUAAUGAACAGCAAGACAAUUUUGAGCGGUGCUUUCAAUUUACGUAAAAUCCAGGCAAUGUUGGCCUCAUUCACAUUUUGUACGAAGAAAGAAAAAAAAACAUCCGUGUAAUGUAAACCUUGAUUUUUAUGCCAAGUUUAAUAUGACGAGCUGUCAAGCAUUUAAUACAAUACAUAAUUUUUACAGUAUGGUGUUUGUUGAAAAUAUAUACGGUCAUUGUUUGCCGAAAUUGUUCUGUGCCCAUUAAACGAUGCAACUUAACUCGGUAAUCCUGGAAGUGAGUGGUUGAUUGUAGCGUGUGUGUGAUAACUUAUGUGUAUUGCACAGGUAUAUAUGUGAAUCUAUUAUCUCUCACUUUCGGAUGCUACCAUGGUGUAAUGUUACUGGUAGGAACCUCCUGGUUACACCAGCCCACAGGGAAUUAUUGUGUCCGUCC